AUGAAUUCCAUAUGCAAAGAUGGAUCAUGUUUUUGUUUCUCAAAUUAUUCAUAGGAAAAAACUUUGACAUAAUGAUGCUUUGUGAAAUUGUUCAAAAAAUUUCUCUCUCCCUCUCUCUGAAAGAAAGAGUAUAAAGACGCAAUUUCUGUAGUCACUAUUGCAGUGAAUCUCUUCACUCUCCCGCCAUCUCCUACACUUCAAUGGAUCUCCCCGUCAUAGAUCUCUCUCCCUGUCUCUCCGGCGAGUGGGACCCACACCUCUGCGCCGAGGUCAGCCGCACUCUCAGGGAGACCGGCGCGCUGCUCGUGAAGGAUCCUCGCUGCACCGUCCAAGACAACGAUCGCUUCAUUGACAUGAUGGAACGCUACUUCUCCAAGCCUCACCACUUCAAACUCCUCCACGAGAGACCCCACUUGCAUUACCAGGUUGGGGUUACACCAGAGAGAGUUGAAGUUCCAAGAAGCUUGGUUGAUGAAGAGAUGCAAGAAAAACUAAAAGCAAUGCCUAAAGAAAACCAGCCUCACACUCCUGUUGGGCCCGAUCUCAAAUGGCGAUACUUUUGGAGGAUCGGUCCUCGACCGUCAAAUACCCGUUUUCAGGAACUGAAUGCUGAGCCAGUAAUACCCGAAGGUUUCCCUGAAUGGAAAGAAACUAUGGAUUCUUGGGGAUACAAAAUGAUAGCAGCAAUUGAAGUUGUUGCUGAAAUGGCAGCUAUUGGAUUUGGUCUUCCAAAGGAUGCAUUCACUUCUCUUAUGAAGCUGGGCCCACACCUGUUGGCACCAACCGGUAGUGACCUUCAAAAAUAUGGCCAGGAGGGAACUGUUUUUGCAGGAUAUCACUAUGACCUUAACUUCCUAACUAUUCAUGGUAGAAGCAGAUUUCCUGGUUUAAACAUCUGGUUAAGAAAUGGGCAAAAAGUUGAAGUGAAGGUUCCAAUAGGAUGUCUUCUUAUUCAGACAGGAAAACAGAUAGAAUGGUUAACUGGGGGGGAUUGUAUAGCUGGAAUGCAUGAGGUUGUUGCCACAAAGAGGACAAUUGAUGCAAUUAAUUUAGCACAAGAGCAGAAUCGUAGCUUAUGGAGAGUCUCUUCAACGUUGUUUGCUCACAUAGCAUCAGAUGCAGUUCUGAAGCCAUUAGGACAUUUUGCAGAGUUGCCACUUGCAAGCAAAUAUCCACCUAUGUGUGCAGGAGAGUAUGUUGAACAAGAGCUUGCAGUGAUCAAUCUCAAGGGAAAGAAAUGAAAACUUUCAUUGUUGAAGAUCAUAAUCAAAGUUCAAAACGUUUUUCUUAAACUGGAUCACAUCACACAGCUUUUCUGGUGCAAGAAACUGAAUUAUAGUUUCAUUUUUUACCCAAGAAAUGGAACGAUAUGAGCUUCCAAUUGAUCACUGAUUAAUUUCAAUACACAUGAAACGUUUACAUGCCUCA